GCUCACUCCUCUUCGGCUGUUUGCAGACGCUUCGGGGAGACGACUAGCAACUUCAGGUCUGCCUGCUGCGGCAGCGGAAGCGGAUGCGAUCGAGCUCUCGCCCCCAAAUCCGAUCCAGGGGAAGAGCCGCGAGUACGGGUUCAAGUUUUACUAAUUCACUUGGUGGCCACAAACAAGAUGUCAUUGCAUAUCGGGCGGCUUUCCCAAGAUGUGCGGCACAGUUAUCUGGAACAACUUUUCCAGAGGUUUGGCCGUUGCACUGUCAACCUGAAAGAUGGAUACGGGUUUGCAGUGUAUGAUUCUGAUGGUGACGCAACUCGAGCCCUGCGGGCCCUGCAUGGGAAAUAUGUUUGUGGGGAACGCAUCACUGUUAAUUGGUCAAAACAGCAGCCCAGAUGUUCUCAGGGUUUCAGGAGGAGUUCAAGAUUUGUUGAAUCGUUUCGUGGAAGGAACGUCAGAGAUGCUCGAGACAGUAUUAGGUUCAGGGAUUCUGUAGCUCGUAAGAGUCAUCCAGCAAAUCAUGAUCAGGGCCAUGAUCCUGAUGCUGUGCCAGAAAAGGAUUCUCAUAAAUUCACUGAGGUUGUCGAUGAUGCUGGAGAAAACAUUUGUGAUGAUCUAGCGGACGCAAAGAGGGAUGAAGGUGGUACAAUUGAUGAAGAUCCAGGGGAGGUGAAGACAGACAAAGGUGGUACAAUUGAUGUAGAUCCAGAGGAGGUGAAGGCGUACAAAGGUGGUACAAUUGAUGAAGAUCCAGGGGAGGUGAAAGCGGGUGAAGGUGGAACAAUUAAUGCAAAUGCAAUUGAACAUGAUAGAUGGGCUGAGACUGGAAAAGGUACCCCUGGUGGAGACAGUGAUGAUUUUGACCGCUAUGAGCCUUAUCAUGGAUAUGAUAGGCAAGAAGAAACAGAAAAUGUGACUAAAGCAAGCUCUUAUGAUUCUCGUGAACCCAGACGUUCUUCAGAGAAGUGGUGGGAGCACUCAGAUAAGCAUGUUGAUGUAAGCCAUGAUAAAUCAAGAUCUCCUCCAACCUGUUACAAAUGUGGUGUUGCCGGCCAUAUUGCGCGUAAUUGCCCUCAGGGAAUAGAUGAUAACUUCAAAGCAAGGAGAGAUGGAUUGAACUUCAGGGAAAAAUGGCAGCUGAGGCAAAGAAGAUUUGGGUCUCCCUCAAGGAGGCGACCAGAAGUUCAUGUUCAUCCAUUGGAUCAAACAAAUCAUAGGGUUCAAGAUGGUAGGAAACCAUUUUCUGAGAGGAAUAUGAGACUGCCUAGGUUGAGUAAUGUGCUCAGAGACAGCAGAAGACAUGCCCACUGCAGUGAAAACAUGCCACAAACUAAUAAGGAAGCACACAAGAGAAGCAGAUCUGAAAGGUCACGUGGAUCAUCCCCCAAUUCUGAACCUUCAAGUCACUCUCACCAUGAUAAUGUUAAGGGAUCUCAUUCCAACAGGACUUCCUCAGAUUCGAGAUCUAGAUCUCCCCGAUCCCAGUCUCGAUUUAGAGCACAUUCUCCAUCUUAUUCUGCUCAUUCUAGUUCAAAAUCAACUCAGCAUGAAGGAUCAAGAUCAAAUAUCAACCAUCCUGUUCCAUUUUCAGUAUCUGCUUCACCACAGCACAAGUCAUCACCUGAUGUAGAGAACAAAAAUCUAGAGGGCCUGAUGAAUUCUCGCUUGGAGGACAAUUUGGAGUUCAGGACAAGAUCCAAAGUGAAAAACAUGGAUGAUAACAAGCAAGAAGGAAAGGAAUCGGUAUUGAACAGCAAGGUCCUGAAUGGGGAAGUGGUUGUUCCUGAUAAGGAUGCUAAUACUGCUGAUUACACAGGGGUUAACUUUGAUAAGAACUUGGUUGAUGAUAAUGCCGCCAAUCGAGUGCAAAGCCAGAAUGUCAACUUUGAGAACUCUUCAUCAGUGAAGUCAAAGCAGGACGUUCUGGCCAGAAAUGGGAGAAGCAAGUCCUUGAAGCUAACAACUAAUGAAGUGAUCGCAGCUCUGAAGCACUAUGGGAUGGAGCCACAAGAGAAUUCAUCAGAUCAACCUGUGGAGAAGUACUUUGGUGCUGCACGCCUGUGGCCUUGGGAAAUCAUUUACUAUCGCAGGCGUAAGAAAGGUCCAAUAUCUACAGAGAAUUAUGCUAAGCGAGUUGAGCAGAACAAAGAAUUUGGUAUUGUGGAUCAGUAUGUCAGAAGCAGCACUGGUUGGUGGGAGUGCCCUUAGCAGGUUGGUGGAAGAAGCAGCAAUGUCAGAAGCUGUUUAGUUGUUUCCAAGGCUUUACAUGAAUAUGCCCUUAGCACUCUAGAGGACAUUUUGAGGAUGACAAGGUUUGUGCGCUCUUGCUAGGUUUUAUUCUGGCUCGUGUUAGGGCAUGUUGGGAUGUGAGGAUUAGACCCAAUCCCUUCAGACUGGGAGGGAAAAUGAACUAAUGUCCCUGCUGACCUGAGGGGAUUGAGUGUAAAACCUACCUAUUCAGGCAAGCACGUUACUUUUAUUCCCAGUAAUUCGUGUUCUCUGAACCACAAGUCCACAAGUAAUAGGUUUUUCCGUAGUCAACAUGAAUAGAGCCAUUAACACAAGAACCAAAAAGUAAUAGGUCUUUCCAUUGCUAUGAUUCUUAAUUUCUUAUGGGUAAAAGUUUAUGCCUGUAGACUUCGUGUUGGAAAAUGGUGAUGGUAAUGCACUGUGUUUGUCAGUGUUAUACAAUCAUCAUGCCACAUGUUGAUGUUGUUAUCAUUUGUCCAUCUCAUGUGUCUUUUGAGUUGCAAUGCUUGAAGGUUUGAUCCCACUAGGUUCAUUUUGGUGGUCAACAGACAUCAAGGAACAGCCUCAUGUUUAACAAAUCCACGAUGAAGUUGAAAGAGUUCUCUCUCUCGCCAUCAAGGUCUGGAUAUGUAUUCCACCAGAAGUAAUGUUUGUAAGCAGCUACCUUUAUGGCUUUUUCAAAAGAUUAAGCAGCUACUUUUAUGUAUGACAUUAGCGAAACAUAUUCAUAAUUGUCAUCAAGAGCACAUUGGUGAGAGAUAAUAUUGGCCCUUCCUGAGGUCUUCUGCUU